AUGGCUGAGCUUCGAAGAGGUCUUGAUCCAGCGGAGAUAUUCUCUCUAGCAAUAUCUCCAUCGAAUACGCUUCUUGCCGUCACAUCUGAUAAGGCAACUCUACACAUAUUUGAUAUCCCACAUGCCAGGAAUGGACAGGAAACAAACAAUGCACCAGCAACCGCCCCCCUGGAGGAAUCAACAAAUCGGGGAUGGGGGUUAAUAAGCAAACUGCCUUUCCUUCCCCGUGUCUUCUCAGACGUCUACUCAUUUGCCAGUGCAAGAUUUGAUAUUGGCGAAGAACCACUUGGCUCCAACUACAUUCCGCCACCAGGUGCGCCUUCUGAGCGGCCUUCAAAGGGAAUAAUUGGCUGGACGAGCGAUAAGUCACUGCUGGUGCUAGGAGCUGGCAAAGCCGGUAGAUGGGAACGUUUCGUUCUUCAAGAGGCGAGUGACGGGACCCGGCAGUGUCUUAGAGCUGGGUGGAAACGAUAUCUCGGAAGCUGA